AUGGCGCUCUUAGUGUCUGACGACACAGUUGAAAAGCUAUCUUAUUUCUUCACUGAAGAACUUCUAUUGGCCGCUCUGGACUUAAUAGACAGAGAAUGUGUGUUCAAAUACAUCACGCCAUGGGGUAGAACUCAUUUCCAAGUUCAGGGAUCGACUGAAGUUUAUACGGUGUUUCCCUCCCUUUCUAACUCGCCGACUGUUCCAUCAUUUUGUUCUUGUCCCGCUUUUUCUUUUGCUGUCUUGAUCUCAAACUCCCACUUGAUGUGUAAACAUGUGCUUGCCACUCGUCUCGCCGAUCGGCUUGGGAAGUGCAUCGAGCGACACGCCACCCAAGACGACCUUGUAUCAAUACUCAGUCGCCAAUAUUCCAACCUCUGA